GAAGUACAUAUUGCGAGACGGAAACACACACACACACACCACGACACGUGUCUCGUGCUGAAGAACUGUGUUCGGAAUAGAUUGUAGUUCUAGUUUUUUCUUUUUUCUCUUGCAUACGAUGGAUGGACGAUCCGCAAAGACUGUUCCUUGGAGUCUCGUCCUUGGACCUGCCCUCUACCUCUUAUUUUCUGUUUCCCGUUACCGCUAGCAUUGACGCCUGUUUUUCAAUACCCGUCAUUUGAAAAUAGGCGUGGAGUUGUGUUACGACUCCUGAGUGAGUAGAACGUGGACAGAGAGAAAGACUCACGAAUAUUAUGCGGUUAAUCUCUGCGCGUGCACGAGCUCUGUGCGCGGCCAGCGCUGGUCUGACCGCCCUGGCGGAUGAGGUGACGCUGGCGGGCGUCGGCACCAGCGCGGACAUCGAGAUUGAGCACGAACGGGGGGCGGGCGACACGUUCAGCCCGGUGCCGCCGCACGCCUUCCGAAAUACAAAGGUGAACGACGCAGCGGUAUGCCUUGCAAGGAAGACGCCGCUGCUCCAAAUUUUCGACAAGAUGAUCGAGCCAGACCUGGCUUCUUCCAGUCAACUUGACGCCAUGGAGUGCUCCAUCGUGGAGCAACGGAUCAAGCGUGCCGGUGGGGACACGGACAGUAAGAAUUAUUUUUCUUUAUAUAGUAUAAUCAGCCCGCUAAAGGGCACACUGCCAGCAUCAUCAUCAUCAUCAUCAUGUAAUCAGUGGUCUACUCAGACUUCAAGUUUGGUUUUGCGUUGCAAUAUGAGUAUAAUCAAGAACUGUUGGCUGUGAGGCUCCUGGCUGGUUAUAAUUGGUUUAUGUCCGUACAAGAUUGAACACGAAAUGUCGUCGUGCUUCAGCUGCCUUCGAAGCGGAUCUAUAUUCUUCGAAACGAUCUUUGUCAGAUGAUGGCAAAAUUAGCCAGGACGAGGAGAAGGCGUUCUGCUCGAGAGCAACAGCGACAGCGUUAGAAGCUGGCGGCAGCGCUGGGGACGUCCCGGGAUCGUUUCUCGAGAUUGAGCAGAAGGAGCAGAUGACGAGCUUUCUCAAGCGUUUGUGUGACGGUUUUUCAAGCGUUUGUGGGAGCUGCGACGAAGUUGCCGAUGAGGGGGCUGGUGAGGUGAGGGUUGAUGCAACCCAAGGGAAAAAAGAAGGUAUAGAUACAUAGAUAAUGUGCUAAUUUUCCAAUUUCCGUACGCCGCAUCACCCCAUCGCCAUCCGGCCAAACCAUAGGCACGCACGGCCAUACCACAGGCGUGCAGGAGUGACACCGGCUACGAUGUGGGUGUCCGUACGGUGGUGCCGAACUCAUACAGCACGCGCCUCACACAAAUGCCACACCACAAGAAGAAGCAAGCCCACCCCCUACAGGCGCGCAGCGGAGCAAGGGCCGGCGCCCUACCGCAAGGAGCCGAGACGACCUGGGAAGCCGCCGGCAAUUGCAGCACGAGGGGGCGGGCGCCGGUCCUGUUGUGCCUGGUUGCCAUCCCCCUGCAACGGCGGCUCGCCCGAAAGCCAUAGCACUGCGGCCCCGCCUGAGAGGGUCCAAGAUAGAAGCCCGCUCGCCGUCCAUUUCUCAAGCCCCCCCCUGUUCCACGGCCGGACCGGGAUGGGGCCCGCGGGGAAUCGAGAAAAGCACCCGGGCUCGCCCAAGGGUUGGGGUACUUGGUCGUUGGGGCGUAGAGUAUGUUGUUGUGUUGCAAGGGGGGCGAGCGCAACAGGCAGCGCCGGUGGGCAUUAAGGGUCAAGGAAGGACGUCAGCAACGCUGCCAAGUGCGAGGCCGUUAUCAAACGCGCCGGGGUGGCAAGCCCCGUCGCCUGCUUGGUUGCUAGGUAGCGGCACGCCAUAGCCAGGCCACAGCCCUAGCCCUAGCCCUAGCCGCCGCGCCAAGGUGGUGAUGUAACGGAAGAGAGCUGCGCCCCGGCAAAACAGGAGCCGGGACAACCACGGCCCAUCCAAACUCCAGGUCGCUGGUUACAACACAGGGCCACAACACCGGGCCCACCGACGAGCCACAACACCGGGCCCCACUGCCAACCCAGCCCCGCCACGAGCUGGCCGCCCAGCGCAGCGCCUCUCCAUGGGUGUGGGGGGUCUUCACUACUUAGUCACGCAGUACACAGUGCGGAGGUUCCGGCAAAUAAGGCCACGGCGGCCGGAUAGGAUGCAGCAUUGCAGUGCCGCCCUGCGUCCCCCUGUUUAUGCAGGCCCCAUGUGUGGCGACCCUGGUGCGGCGACUAGGGAAACGCCUAAGGGAUGUUGGUUGUGCGUUCGCUCUGAAAGGCCGCAGGCGUAAGGCCGGCCACCGCCAAAACAGGCGGCGCCUCGCCACAGUUGCAAGAAAGCUAAUUUGGCUCUGCGGCUUGGGCAGAUGCUCAGCCAACGGCCUCCAGAAAGCUUGACGGCCCCCGGGCUGGCAAUGUCUCGCUCACCUAGAAAGACGCGAGCAUAGGAUAGGCGCCCGGGCAAUAUCUCGGCCACCUAGAAGCGAACCCGCCCUCUGCCCCGCCCCUCCCGGGCCGACCGACUGCCCGGCAAGCCCCCUCAAGUUUGUCUCCGGACCCCCCGCCCGCUUUGGCAGGCUAAUUGCAGGCGCGCGGCUGCCCCGGCCGCCCCGGGCCCCGUUGCCUAUUGCUGUGGCGCCAGCCUUUCGCCGGGCGGCGUCUGCGCUCCUUCUGGCGCUUUAUCGGGCCACAUUCCCUGGAAGGGGCGGCAGAGGCACGAACCCGCGGCCGGCGGCUUUCGGCCGCCCAACAGUAAGGGCAACGCAAGGUGGACAAAAGCGCCCCGCUCCGUGUCGAAGAUGGACACCGGUCCUCCCGGGACUAUGUCUAGGCAAACGGCACGGAAGCGGCUCCCCCUGAGCACCGUGGGUGCGCGGAUUCCUCUGCCCCUUCGCCCGUGUGUGCCUGACCUAAGUAUUUAAGUAAACAAGAUACUGAGGCGGGCCCAGGCCGUCAGGGACUCCGCCCCAAGUCCCCCGGGGGAGCCCAGGGGGGGGGGUCGUGGACCCCCCCCCCGCCAUGGGCCCCCCUUGUCACGGGCGGAUCCCCUUCGUUUUGUCCUGCCCCGAUUCCCGGAUUCCUUUUCGGCGCAGUACUAUUGUGUUGGGUAUUUUUUUGUUUGUAUCCCUCUGCGCAAUAGAAUACUCCGCGCAGGAUAGACGAUAAGGAUGAUGCGCUGGCAAUUCGUGUCCCGCUUGCGGUUUCCUACAACUCUGCGUCAUUCAUACCAGGUGGCUCGCGGAAGGAAUGGAAAAAGCCGGACGUACGGGCUGAUUUUACGGCGGGGAAACUUUUUUUAAAUGACGAAGACGUCGUGGGCGAAGUUUGGGCGGCCCGGAAGCGCACGUGCCCGGAGAUUAGCAAACCUGUCGCAUUCAAGUGGGAUGAAGAUUUUUUCCAACGGAAACAGGAUGAGCCCAUGAAGUGCAACUGGACUUGGGCGGGGGACUUUUCGGACGAGAAGCUUGACGAGUGGAUUGGCAACCUCCAGAAGGUGAUAGACGCGUCGGAGGUACUCGAGUGGGGAAAGCCAGCCGAAAACCGCCGGCAGUUGACCGAUAAAGCAAGGAAGUGGGUAAAGAGAGCGAUGGGGCUCAAAUUUGAAAUAGAAAUCUACAAGCAGUACAAGAACAAGCAAGGGCUCUUCCGAGAACUAGCACGAGAAGAGUCCGAGAGCUAGAAAAGUUUGGGUUUGGUGUUUUUUCGCUCUACCACUUAAGACGAAGUGCUGCCUUUCUUCUUAAGACAAGAAGCGUGUUUACUUAGGAGCUUUCCUUGUUUCGUGUUUUAUCAUUCCGUCUGCGAAAAUAAAAAAAGACUUAAGUUUUCAAGCGCGUCAAAAGAUUUAGCCGGUAGAUCGUGUAUUUCUAAAAGUGCUAGUUUUUCUAGCUUUUGGUCUAGUAUGAUUCUUUUCUUUUUCAGAUCUAAUUUUACGCAUGAAGCCACUACGUCUACUAUGUGUACGUAGGUUUAACAUCUUCUGCAGAACAGUGGAUAUCCUUACCUCCCGCCACCUCGAAAACAAGUGGCUGGAAAGUGUUGCCCUUCGCCGUGUCCUUCUAACCUUCUGUAUGCAAGUGCUGCUGGAAUACGAUUUGCAAUACCUGGCUGCCGAAUAACUACCCGCGCCUACAGUACUCGCAUCCAGCAUGAUGUCGAGACGAGACAGGUCGCUAUUGUCAUUGAUCCGCCAGAUCUAUUUCCGGAAUGUCGGGAUCACCGGACAUGCUCACAUAGUUUUUCUUUUUCUCUGGUAUACGAUUACGAUCCACAAAGGCAGAUCAGUGAAGUUUCAUAGUACAUGCUCACUCUCUUCUUUGCUUUCAUCUUCCCCGCGCCCGCUCACGUUGAUAAUUCAUAAGCAUAAACAUAUGAAGAUUUGAGAGUGCGACCGUUUCAUCUUUCAUCAAUCCAGGCAUGGACUACAUGGUUUACGCGACAUUCUGAUCAUUUUCUAUCGAGUACUAGAUUUGAAAGCCCACUCCGUUCGCUCCUCCACAGAGAGUGGAUCCUACGCAUGCGCAUGGCGUUCUUAGU